GCCAUGAAAACCAAGAAGAAGAAGAAGAAGAAGAAGAAGAAGAAGACACCCGCCUUAUGAAAACAGAAUCGUGCAACACGUGGAUAUGUAUGGCAUAGAGGCAAACGUUUUCUGAUAACGUACAUGAUUAAGUUUCUUUUUUGACCAGUACUUUUGUGUUCAGGCUUAAUCUGUUGCAGAAACAGCCCGUGCCUCAUAAGCGCCCGUCAGAGGUGCACAAAUCGGUGUUAAUCGACAUCACGCAAAUCUACGAACACAUGACAAUUCUCAUGUCAAAUAGUAUUAGAUUAAAUAACCAUGGCUCGAAGAAGCGAAGACGACAGGACGGAAAUUGAGUCGCCAAACACGCAGCAGAUCGUACCGGUUGUUUCGCACGUUAGUGAUCUGAUCGAUUUGGACCCGCACUCGGAGCUGUUCCUCGAAACUCCUCCGCCUGAUGUUGUGUGUUCUAUCAAUGCAUGCUUUGAUCAGUUCACCAGCACCUUGGAGGGUAGAAGAGAUACUUCAGUCCACAAAUCUUCUUCGGACAGUGACUCUGGUGAAAGCCUGUUUGUAACACAGUCUGUGACUAAAGCAGUCCGAACUGAAAGACGACAGAGACCAGACCUAUCAACUAGGAGACCAGAGUCCAUCUCUGAUGAUAUUGGUGGUGAUAGCAAGGGAGUCACCAGGAGUCUCUCAGAGAAUGAAGACAAUGAAUAUGAGGAGGGAAGGGAAGGUCAGCAUGUGGUGUGCCCAAACAGAGGAAAAUGGAUGAAUUAUUUUCCCCCUCAAAAAGCCACUUUUCCAUUUUUGUUGAAAUUGCACAGACUACAACACCUGACUAGGAAGAAGCACCAAAUUCUAGAGAACUCAGAAAUUGGAGGGUUCCUCAAAUGCAUGAAGAAAUUUGAGGAGGGUUAUGUAAAAACAGAAAGAGCAAUCAGUCCAUAUAUGCUGGAGUCUGAGCUAAGUGAUAACUCUGAGGGGGAUGACCACAACAGUGAUCAUGAAGUCACAAAAGUGGAUAAAAUGUUGGUUCCAAAUUACUGUAAAGGAAACUUAAAUAAAUAUCUUCCACAAUCCAUCUUGGAAAGGAGGAUUCAGGAUUCACUGUCAAAAAACAACAAAGAGAAGUUACUGAAUGUCAAUGGAAAAGGGAAGAAAAGAAAAACUAAAUCUACCAUGAAAAACCAGACAAGUGUUUCUGUUAAAAAACAAUCAAAAAAGAAAUGCAAAGUUCCCAAAAGCAAAGCUGUAGUCAGGACGUUAUCAGAAUCUUCCUGCAUGUCUCUCUGUGAGGAGCAGGGAAAACAACAUGAGACACAUGAGGUUUUAGCUUCAUGUUCAGAUGCUGAAAACUCAGAUUCUUCCAGUUGCGGACAACCACUUAAUAAGCAGAUCAUCCAGUGUGCUGAGAACUCGCAUGGAAAUAAUUUAGUAAUUGAAGAGACACAGACACACUCUGUCAAGGCAGUCAGUCGAAUGGAGCAUGAGGAUGACAUGAGGUCAAGAACUGACAAUUACCUGCCCAACAAAGUUCCACCCCAAGGGGGAGACAUUUCUAUACAAAAUGAAAUUCAACAGACUGACAGUGACAUUGGCUCAAUGGAUUUAUUCAGUUCAUUGAACAGUCAGGAGCAUAAGAACAAUCAAAUUCAUAAAACCGAAUCUAUUACAGCGAACAUAGAGGAGAGCGAUCAAGACAGCGAUGUAACUCAAAUAGAGACUGAGGGACAGUCUGAGUCUAUAUUUGGACCAGGAACACCCAGAUGGUGUGAUGGUGAACAUCAAGCACAGGAGGAUGAUGAAAGUGACAUAAUUCAAAUAGAGACGAAAGGAGAAUAUGUGUCUGUGUUUGGACCAAGAACACCAACCAAGCAGUUUACAAUUCAAGACGUCAACACUACCAAACUUUCUGAAUCCCAAAAGACAGGUCAGAGUUCUGUUGUCCUACAUACUGAACUGUUCUCAAGAAAAGAGGAUAAAUCAAGGCAUAAAAAGAAAAAAACAAAGUCAGGCUCUCAUAAGGAUACUGAAGUUACAGGAAUAGAGGAGACUGUGAAUGUGCAACCAUCAUCUAAACAUUUACCACUAGUUGAUGAACCAUUAAGAGAAAUUUACUCAAGUUCCUGUGAGCAUGUUAUUGUGGGUAAACAAAGAAGGAUGGUGGAAAUGGAAACAGAUACUCAAGAUAGUCCUUUGUUUAAAAUUGGUGAAAUGAGCUUUCUUAAACGAAAAAGAAAGGGUAAGAAGAAAAUGGGUGCUGCUAUUUUGAUGGAAUGUGAUACAAAUGUAGAUGCAAGUCAGAAAGUGAGCUCUGAAUUUCACGAUGAUGUUGCUGAACUUAAAACAACAUGCAGAGAAAACAGGGAAUUAUUUGAUGUGGAGAAUGGAGUAACAAACGAAGAGCAAACAGCAGCAUCAGUUUUACAGUCAGAGGAGACGUCUGAGCUCUUGGAGGAAAUUAUUUUAUCUACGUUUGCAGAUAGCAGUGUUAUCAAAAAGGCUAAGAAGAAAAAGAUGAAAAUGUACAAAUUAAAAGAGUGUGAGGAUGCAGAGCCUGGUGUAGAAAAUCAGUCGGUUGAGGCAGUCCAGUUCAAUGAGCCACAAACUAAUGAGCUGACACUCAUAAGGACAAAAAAGAGGAGAAAAGACAAAGAGAGGACAAAGACUGCAUAUGUAGAGGAGAAUAAUGCUACAGACAUCCCAUCAAAUGGAACCUUGGACUCUGAUAGACCAACAGAGUUGAAAGUAAAUGAAGGUGAUCUAUCCAGUGAAGCUCCUGAGGCUGGUCAACCUAAGCAUAUGCAGACUUCAGAGGAAAUUGCAGGGUCUCUGUCACCUAAUGUAAUUAGAUUAAAAUCAGUGAAGAAAAAGAAGAAAAAAAGAAAGGAGACUGAGUUUCGGUAUGAAUCUGUUGAUCUGAAUGUGAAUUCUAUGUCUCAGUUUGAUGCUGGUCUCAGAGUGGUUGAACUACAAUAUGAUCAGGUCAUUGAAGAAAGACGGAGCAAUGACAGUGCAGCUGAACAUUUGGAAGAUAAUACAGCAAGUAUUUUAAAGGUUGCCAGACGCAAAAAGAAAAGUCAGAAUGUAAGUUCUCCAUCUCAAAGUGAUGACAUUAUUGGACCAGAAAAACAAAUGUUAUGCAUGCAGUCAGAGAACACAGCAGAACCUAAUAAAUUGGGUUCAGAUGACAUAGUUAUUAAAAAGGACAAACAGAAAAAGGCAAAAAAGCAGAAACUAAAAGAGCGAAAGACAAUAGAGCUUGCUUCAGAUAUUAUGGACAUUGUGCAGAUUCAAUACAGUGAGUCACAAACUACUGAUUUGCUAUCCAGAAGAACAAAAAAGAAGAGAGCAAACAAGGACAGAGAAAGAACAGUUAGCUCAUCAAAUGAACACUUGGAGCACAUGGAUGAUAGACCUCCAGAAAUUAGAGGAAUUAAUGCGAUUCAGUCCAACGAGGCCACUGAGACAGAUCAGAUUGAACAUUUACAGUCAUUAAAGGGAAUUACAAGAUAUAAAUCACCCAGUGUAACUAAACUAAGCUCAGGGAAGAAAAAGAAGAAAAAAAGGGAUCAGAGUGAGGAACGUCAAUAUGAAUCUGUUGAUUUGAUUCUGGAUGUAAGUUCUGUCUCUCAGUUUGAUGUCACUACACAAAAGAUGAUUAAAAGAAGGCAGAGCGAUGCAGCUGAAAAUUUGGAAGGUAAUGCAGCACAUAUAUUAAAUGUUGCCAAACGCAAAAAGAAAAGUCAGAAUGCAAGUGCAAAACUGGAAAAUGCUGUAUCAGACUCACAGUCAGGAAACACUGCAGAACUUGUGGAAAAAACAAAUUCAUCUGGCCUUUCAGAUAACCCGUUGUCCACUAAGUAUAAACGGAACAAGAAGAAAAAGCACAAAUUAAAAGAGCAGGAGGAUACAGAGUGUAAUGCAGUUACUCAUAGUGUGGACAAUGUUCAUUCAGUUGAGACGGAUCGGUUCAAUGAGUCACAAACUACUGAGCUGACACUUAAAAGAAUAAAAAAGAAGAGAAAAGACAAAGAGAGGAAAAAUACAACAUACAUAGAGGAGAAUGGUACUACAGAUAGCCUGUCAAUUGAAACUUUUGAAGCCAUUGAGACUGAUCACCUUGAGCAUUUACAGACAUCAGAGCAAACUGAACAAUGUCCCUCACCUAAUGUAACUAGAUUAAAAUCUGUGAAGAAGAAGAAGAAAAAUAAGAAUGGCAGUGAAGAGUGUCAGUAUGAAUCUGUUGAUUUUGCUUUUGAUGUGAGUUUGGUGUCUCAGUUUGAUAAUGUAACUCAUAGAUCAAAUACUCAACAGACUGUUGAAGAAAGUCCAAAUGAUGUUGAACAUUUGGAAAGUAAUACAGAAGCUAAAUUAAAUGACACUAAACACAAAAAUAAACGGAAACGGUCAAGUUUUUCUAUUAAUUACAAUUCUGACUUUAACUCUUCUGCUGCACAAAUGCAAGAAACUAUAACACCUGAGAGGAAGAGGAAGAAAAAAAAAAUUCUGAUUGCAUCACAAAUGUAGGCGGUGAAUGGACUUUGGAAUGUUCUUAUCAUACAGUGCAGUUUGAAAGGCCUCAGAGUUCGAUGUCAAAACCACCUGAGAUGAUUCCAAAGAUCAAGAGAAUAACCUAAAGGAGGGAUCAAGAGAAUCAUCUGCAUCUCAGACUGAUGUGUUGUUGCACAAACAACAUACGAAAAGAUGAAAGCACUGAGUUUCAUUCAUAAUGAUGGUGUAUUAGCUCUAAGGAAGAACACAGGAGAAGGAAAAUGAUAGAAAAUAAUUACGCAGAGGUUGAUAUGUUGUGGUUUUAGACCUCAGACCUUUAGACCUUCAGAAGAAAAACAAGGCAAUCUUAACCUCUCUGACAUUCAAGAGAAGAUUAGCCAAAAGUAUUGGUGUAAUUUUCUAUUCAGGACAAAUUUUUAUUUAAUUUAUUUUUAAAUAAUUGUGAUGCUCAGCUUGAUUUCAUUUAAAGCAAGAUAAAAUAAUACAAAAAAGUAUAUUGGUAGUUUGUUGUUUUACAAAACAUAUUUCCUGAAAUAACAUACAUACACCAGUACAUUAUUGUUUUUCCCUUUGUUUUGUAGGAAUGUAUAUGAUCAAUGAUCUGGGGAUCUUUUAAAUAAGAAAAAAUAAAUUCAUUCAAUUUAUUCAUUCAUUGCGCAGCCAUAUUAUACAGUGUCAUCUAGAACACGGUAUCCAUUUUAUCAUCAGAAUCAGUAUUUUUAUAAAGAAUCAAUACAUUUGGUCAGUAUAAUUGUGAUCUUACUACUUUGUAGCAGAGUAAGCAUAUAGUGUCCAUAAUGGUAAUGUACAGAGAAAUAAAAUGUAAUGGGUUUCCAGAUGUGAUAAACACAUCUUUACUGACCUGAUCCAAUUUAUUUUUCAUCCAGUUAUUUAUUUUUUUCAAAAUUGUCUACAUUGCAAAAUCUUUGAGUGGUGAUAUUUUUAUGUGAUGAUUUAAAAUAUGACAUUGUUUCAUGUUAACUGUUAAAUGUUAAAGGGAUAGUUCACCCAAAAAUGAAAAUUUGAUGUUUAUCUGCUUACCCCCAGUGCAUCCAAGAUGUAGGUGACAUUUUUUCUUCAGUCACACUUUCGUAUUCUUCAAAAAGCUUACGCUGUAUGUCCUACGCCUUCCCUAUUCAACUUACGGAACAAACACAGCGCCAGUUCCAUUUUUCCCGUAAGUAGAAUAGCGUAAGCUUUUUGAAGAAUACGAAAGGAAUGACAUGAAUGUGUGUUGCAGUAGUGCAGCUGUUGUUCUGUUUAUUUUUACCUAAUUUGUUCAAGUUUAUGAUGUAUAAAAGACACACAAAAUUGUGCUACUGUCAUGAAUUUCAGCACUACUGUGAUUACUUGCAGUCAGUACAACAACACUGACUGGUUUUAUAUUUUUUAUAACAUGACUGAGUCUUGUUGAAUUUUGAAAUGGUUGGCAUUCACUUUAUUGUAAGCGCAGUUAAUUCCAUGAAUGACUAUUUUAGAUCCACUCCCCUUUUCUGUUAAGAACUGUCUUUCAUCAAUCAGUCCUCAUAUUACUCUAAUUGUGAAUUCAUCACUGAAUCCAGAAUUAAAAUUAGCUGCCAUUACACCAGUCCGUAACCCCAUUAACUGCCAUUAUAUACAAAAAUAUCUCAGUCUAAACCUAAAAUAAUAUUGUCAAAAUGUAGAUUGAUUGUAAAUAGAUUUAGAUACAAGAGUCCUUAUGUGGUCAUCAAUGGAGUCUGGAUGGAAUCUAGUGGAAAAGUUUAGUACUGCACCCAAACACGCAGCAUUAGUACUGAGACAGCCUUGGUGAGGGUCAUAAACAAUCUCCUUACUGCAGCUGAUACUGGUGUGUGCAGUAUCUUGGUCUUGUUAGACCUCAGUGCGACCUUUGAAACCAAAUACCAUUCUGUGAUCUUGGAUAAGCCCAGCCAGCUGUGCAGCCUUUCUGGGCUAUUCGUUUGGUUUAGAUCUUACUUAACUUAUCGUGCCCAGUUUAUUAGUCUGUGAAAUCAUGAAUCUGAUGCUGUGCCAGCUUGACAGGGAGUUCCUCAGGAUUCAGUGUUGGGCCUAGGGAUGGGUACCGAAACCCGGUAUUAAAUUGACCCCGGGGCUAAAUUUUGAAAGACCGGUGUAUCGAUAAGCUCUGACGUUAACGGUUCUGCUAUCGGUACUGGAGAAAUUAUGAA